AUGAGUCAGAGUUCCUCAUUUGAAUCAUCUCUUGGGUCUACUCUCUCGCGUGGCGAUAAUAGCAGGGACACAGUGCCCGAUAAGCGAACCACACUUUUACAUCCUGAGGCGUACGUGAAACGUCUUCCUAUUGAGAUUAUCCAUCGUAUUUUUAUGGAGGUGAUAGAAAGUGAUAAUAGCAACUUUGCAUGGAUAGGUAUACUUUCAUGUGUAUGCUGGCGUUGGUACUGUGCUUGUCAACACCCUGUUAUGUGGGAAUUUGUAGCGAAAAAAAUAUUUGUAGUGUAUCCACUCGUGCAACGGCUACGUAGUGCCCCAUUAGAUAAGUCGGAUAUGCAAUUACUUAAUCGAAUGCGACGUUUAGGUGCGCCUGAACAGUUUAUUACUCAACACAACACAAUGGAGCCACUUAUUGCACCUACUAGUCAGACUCUACGUAAAGCUAUGGAAGAAGUAAAACGUUAUCAAGAAAGUCGUAGUUACUACGAGUACGUUCAACGACGACGUCUUUUUGUUCUUCAAAUGGUUCUCUCAUGGAUUCUUUUAUCAUUUUCUCUUUUUCUUGGAACAACAGUUUGUGCUAUAGAAGGAAUUUCUUUGGGUGAUUUUUGUACACCGAGUACAGCAUUCUCCUUAUUAUGGAUGACUUACACUGCAAUAGUAACCAUAGUGAUAGCCAAUGUUGUAAUGGAGGCACAUUUUGAACCUAAACCAUUAUUUUACCGUCUCCGAAAAAAUAAACCACUUAUUAUUCGUUCUGCAGUUGCCAUUGUUAUUGGUCUCUGCUGUGUUGCCCUCCCAACAUUUCUGGUACAAGUGAAUAUUUCUCGCAAAGAACGUUUUGCGUGGUUAUGGUGUGGUAUCACACCUAUUGUUUCACUUUGUCUUUGGCAAAUAUAUGUAAUUUUCUCUUGUAUUGUCCCAUCUGUAAAACAGCAACUCGGUGAGCAGCGAACAGGUUUUAAACUCAAAGCAAUUAUAAUGUUUUUCUUCUUGAAUAUUCCAUAUGCUUUCCCUUUGCUUUUUGCAGGGGCUUUAUUUUGUAUAUUAAAAUAUAUAGAAUAUGGUGGGAAAAUUUACAUGUUGGUUGGAACCAUACCAGUACUUACGAGUCUUGCAGUAUUAACACUGCUUUUUCUGGUUGAUUUCUGCCUCACACGACGGGCAAAGGAUUUAGUUACAUGUUGUUGUUUGUUCCUCGCCAUGCUUUUUCCACUUUCUUUGAUGUGGAUAGAGUUUCGUGGUCUUUGUCUUCUUCCUGUUGCUACUGCCUCAUUUGUAUUCUUCUUUGCGCAUUUGCGGCUUAUGGCAUCUAAAGCAUUUCGUGAAUUAGUGGACGGAGCACAUGUCUGCAGCAGACGGAUGUGA